AGGAGUAGCGCGCGCGCGUUGGGAAAUGGAACGUUACCCCAGCCGCGCUCAGUUCGGUGGUACUGCUGCUGCGCAGAGAGGAGGCGCGGGAAGGGACGGUCGCUCCUGCUGCGGGUUAGUGCGGGGACCAAGGCUCCCAGCUUCUAAUGCCUCUGCGCCAGGCCACCAUGCACAGGAGACAUCUCCAGGAAAUCCCAGCUUCAGACAGCAAUGUUUCCACAAGCUUCACAUGGUCAUGGGACCCCACCAAGACAUCAGAGCUACUUUCAGGCAUGGGAGUGUCUGUCCUUAAGAAAGAGAAGCUGGGCAGUGAGAACACCCCUCAGGAGCUGCUAGUGUCUCUUUAUCCUCCUCAGAAACGACAGAAAGUGAAAGAGAAGGACAAGGACUUUGUGAUUGCACGCAGGCCUAGGCUUCUCCGAGAGACCGAGUCAGGUAUUUCUUGGGAUGCACUACCAGAUGAAUUGCUAUUGGGGAUCUUUGCAUACUUACCCCUAGCUGACCUGCUAAAAGUUUCCCAGAUUUGCAAGAGGUGGCAACGCCUAGCGUUUGAUGAAUCGCUCUGGCAGACACUUGAUCUGACUGGUAAAAAUCUGCUGCCAGGAGUGAUUGGACAGUUGCUCCCUGUGGGUGUAACUGUAUUCCGUUGUCCAAGAUCCUGUAUUGGGAAACCACUGUUUAAAAACAACCGACCUCUUAGAGUGCAACAUAUGGACAUGUCCAACUGCACAAUAAAUGUUGCAGAUCUCCAUACUGUUCUUUGUCGUUGUGAUCGACUACAGAACCUCAGCUUGGAAGGACUGGUGCUUUCUGAUGAUAUCAUUAGAAGCAUCGCUCAGAAUUCCAGUUUGGUGCGAUUAAAUCUCUCUGGAUGUUCUGAAUUUUCUGCAGAAGCAUUGGAGAUAAUGUUGAUCAGCUGUUCUGGAUUAGAAGAGCUAAACUUGUCCUGGUGUGACUUCACAACUGAUCACAUUAAAGCAGCGGUCAACCACAUUUCUGCAAAUGUAACCCAACUAAAUUUUAGCGGAUACAGACAAAGUCUACAGAUAUCAGAUAUCAAGACAUUGGUGACAAGAUGCCCUUAUCUCAUCCAGUUAGAUUUAAGUGACAGUGCAAUGUUGAAGCCUGAAUGUUUUCAAUAUUUUCAUCAGCUCAUCUGCCUACAGCAUUUGUCUCUUAGUAGAUGUUAUCAGAUAUCUCCUGCUGACUUACUUGAGCUUGGUGAAAUUCCCACACUAAAGACUCUUCAAGUUUUUGGAAUAGUGACUGACAAUUCCCUACAGCUCCUAAAAGAAACGCUUCCCCACAUAAAGAUCAAUUGUUCGCAUUUUACAACCAUUGCACGGCCAACUGUUGGCAGCAAAAAGAACCAGGAGAUCUGGGGCAUCAAAUGCAGACUGACACUGAGAAAUCCUAGUGGUUUGUGAUGCAGCGUUUGCUGGAUAUUUCCUUUUGUUGUCACCAAGCGUGGUGUGCUUCAUCAAGAAACCCAACACUGGAGCAUCACUCUAGUUGUUCUUGUAAAAAGUGUUUUAACUUGGUCUUGUGCUAUAACUUACUUUCAUAAGUAUAUUUUUAUAUUGUCCUUCUCUUACUGUGUCCAGAAAUCCAAUCAGGUAUGAGUAAUUGUAAGCAUUUUAAAAGUCAAUCUUGCUUUUGCAAAAAUCUUUCUAAAAGCAAGUGACUCUUGCAAUUGUGCUAAACAUGAUUAAGUUAGAAAGUUUGGUAAUAAAUAGUGCAGCUGGUCUAGUUAUUUGGCAAUGUACUUAAUUCUGCAGUCUGUGAUGUUGCUUUAUUGGAAGUGUGAGGGUCCAAAGGUGCUUCUGUAAUAUUUUUCCAAAUACAUAGCUUUGCGUAAGGCCCUUGCAAAGUAGAGAUGUUGUGUCAUCAGGGAACUGUUUUACUUCAUUACAACUCAGUACAUUCCUGACAGUUUCAGAUUUUAGAGCUCAGAAUGAGUAAGGGCAUUAAGUCUAUUUAAACUCUUAGCACCAAAUAUUCCAUCUUGUUCAGUUAUCUGCUUUUUUCAGGGGGGAAGGAGGGAGAAAUAAACCAUGGCGUUGGACACUAAAUUCACUGAACCCGCUUAAUGCAAUAGGAGCCGUGAGAGCCAUACAAAAGGAGCUAUGAGAAAGCUGAAUCGGAUACUAGUUACAAGGCAGUAGAACAGAGCUAUAGUGCAUUUUUUCCAACAAUUACAGAAGUGUGACUCUGUGUUUCAAAAUGACCAUGCUGAGGAGUUUAAAACUUGAAAACCCUUUGCAAGUUUGUGAAACCAAGGAUCUCACCUGUCAGGGUGAAGUUUUCAUUAGGUAUUUUAGUCUGACUUACAUUCCAGUUCUAUGCCACUUAAUCAGCAUUUUUCUUCUGAUUUGUGAUUUCAACAGUUUCUAAAGAUGCAUUAUUAAUGCAAGAAUCUCUUCAUAGGUAAGCUUCGUAGGUUUCUGUUUAUAUAGCCCUGUAUUCACAUCCCUUGAGACUCUGCAGGGCUAAGGAGCAGUAAAGAGGGAAAUACACAGAACUCCAGAGCUCUUCAGGGCAAGUAACGUAAGGGGUCACUGGGAUUUAAAUGGACAUCAAGCGUUCCACAGUACAGAAGCAGCAGUAUUGCAGAUAUGCUUGCUAUAGCCGAGGGAGAUAUAAGUCACCACAGAUUCCCUUAGCUUCUACAAUGCAGAAAAUGUGGCAAACUAAGUUUCUAGGCUCUCUUGUCCCAGUUCUUGUAUUUUAAAGAAACCUGCCCAAAACUUAGCAACUUUGAUGGUAGUUCAGAAGAGAAAAAUAUGAAAGUAUAGAAAUGAACAACUAGAUAACUAUUCAAGCCUAUAAAAGGGGAAAGGAUAGAUAGGUGGCUAAGGCAUGGGAGUAAGCCUUAGAUCUGGUUCUUUGUGCCUCUGUUCACCAUCUGUAAAAUGGCUGUAGUACAUCCCUAUGUUUGAGGUGCUGAGAAUAAGUUUAUUCAUGACUGAGGUGGUUAGACAGAAAGGUGCCAAGGCCAUAAGGUUACCUACAGAAAAAUGUAUGUACAGUAGACCAUAAGUUACAAACUGACUGGUCAACUACACACCUCAUUUGGAACAGCAAGUACGCAAUCAGGCAGUAGCAGAGAUGGAAAAAGUACAGUGCUGUGUUAAAACUUUCCCUUUUUAUUUUAGUGGGUUUUUUGUUUGUUUUUUAUUAAAGAUUUGAGGUAAGAAAACUUGUGCUCUUCAUUUAAGUUAAAAUUAGCAUUUUUGUUUUGCAUAAUGCAGUUUCAAAGUUAUAUUAAAUCAAAGUUCAGUUGUAAACUUUUGAAAGAACUACUAUAAUGUUUUGUUCAGAUUUAUGAACAACCUCUAGUCCCAAGAUGUUUGUAACUGAGAUUCUACUGUAUAACCAUAAAGUAGUUUCAGUAAUAGAACAUGUGCUGAUAACAGGGAAAGAGGACCUGAGUUUUUCCUUUUCCCCCACCCUUGUUCCCUUGGGGGGUGGAGCAGCUGACAAAUUUCCAGCAGGUUUAAACAUUUAUGUAGCAAUUCACAUAUCCUGGGUAUCAUUAACUGUGCUGGCACUUUAAGCAGCUAGCAGACAUCGAGCCCAAUCUAAGUCUUCCUGGAUACUCAUUUCUAUAUCCCACCAAUCUGGUAAUAGAUUCACCAUAGUUUGUCAGCCUUUUGCUGUAACGCUCAAUUAAGUCUCACUUCUGAAUUUAUACUUGCAACCAGUGUGACACGAUAUGGCACUCAACACCUAUCUGUGCCUGGCCCCAGUAGGGAGUUUAAAAAAACAACAACCACCCUCUCCAGGGUGUUGGAGCAACAGAACCCUACCUCACAGGACCAUCCAGGCUAUUAGAGAUGGCUAUUGCUAAUCAGUUUUACAUGGAAGGUGAUCAAGUGCUAUAGUGAGGGGCAGAAGUAUAAAACAUUAAGGGUACAUCUACACUUAACACUACAGCUGCACUGCUGUAACACCUAUGCUGACAGGAGGGAUUCUCCUAUUGGUGUAGAUAAUCCACCUCCCCAAGAGGCCAUAGCUACAUCAAUGGAAGAAUUCUUCUGUCAACCUAGUGCUACACCAGCUUAACUACACCACUCAGGGGCUUUUUCACACCUCUGAGUGAUAUAGUUAUGCCAAUCUAAUUUUCUAGUGUAGACCAGGCCUAAAAUAUGCUCUCUCUCAUCUGAUGACUCUUAACCCAUUCAAAAGUCAUUAAAUAUCUCCAGCUGGAGGUGAAUCACUUAUUUAGGUAUGGAAUUAGACCCUUUAUUAUCACAUAUAACGGUUUGGGGUAGUGUUGACUGGAAGUAAUAGUGCCAAUCUGUUGCUUUCAUUCAGACUAUUUCUCCCACUUGACAUCUUGCUCUGAGUUUACUGAGGACAGCCCUGUUAUUACAUAUCUAAGCAGCCUGACAUUUUUUAAAUACCUUGCAUGAAUAAGGUCUUCAUAGCAUGGGAUCCUAAAGACUUAACUUAUAAUUAAUUAUAAAGACAAAGGCAUUAAGGGGUGAAGUGUUCUCUGCAUAACUUGAUACAUUUAAAAAACCUCCUCUUAGGUUCAGCACAGUUGCAUAUGUUUCAUAGUUUAGGAAACUACAACAAAACUAAAGUUGAUAAGUAGUAAAUCUAGAUCAAGUGAAAGUCUUUAAGCUUGGAAUACAGAAGAGUAUUGUAACUUGUAUUUCUCUCCAUAAAUAUUGUAAUAGCAAAAGCUACAGCAUUUCACUGUUGUACUCCAAUAAACUAAUUUUUAAAAAAUUA